GCGUUGGCGUUUAAUACCUCAUCGCUGUGGCGAAGUGUUGCCCAUACCUUAUAAGUUGAUAAUUUGCACUUGCCGCGUAAAAUGUUUGUGCGAAAAUUUUUUAUCCAAAAAAUACGAAACGUGAAUGGUGCACGAUUAUUUUUUUCGAGUGACGUGAAGGAGAAAAAGGUGAAAAUCGGCAAACAUGACAUCAAUUACAUAAAAGUGGGCCACGGACCCCAUGCUUGUAUCCUCACGCCGGGGGGCCUGGGCACGAUCUGGACCAGCUACAAGGAGCAGAUCGAGGGGUUCGACCGGAACAAGUUCACGCUGGUGGUGUUCGACCCCCCGGGCUUCGGAAAGAGUUAUCCACCGGCGAGAGAAUUCACUAUGGACAGUUACGGGAACGAUGCCGAUACUGGUUACCAACUAAUGAAGAUAUUAGAUAUUCCAAAAUUCUCAGUGCUGGGCUGGAGCGCCGGCGGUUCUGCCAGUUUGGUCCUCGCUGCCAAGUACCCGGAUGCUGUCAGGAAACUGGUGGUGUGGGGCGCCAACUCCUACAUCCUGGACAGCGAGAUAGCCGCCUACAGAAGUAUUAAAGACGUAAAUACAUGGGCGAAACACUUGAGAGAUCCAAUGAUAGAAGUGUACGGUAAAGAAAGAUUCGCCGAGUACUGGGCGAAGUGGGUAGACACUAUGUCGGCGGCCCUCGAGCAGAGCAUGAUGGACAUCUGUAUGCAGUAUCUGAAGGAUAUACAAUGUCCCACUUUGGUCCUCCACGGGGAAAAAGACCCGCUUGUAAAUGCGGUUCAUGCCCCCUUUAUUGUUAAGAAUGUAAAAAAUUCUAUAUUACAUUUAUACCCGGAGGGCAAACAUGAUAUACACAUCCGUUACGCAGAGGAAUUCAACCGGAGAGUGCAAGACUUUUUGCUGGAACCUGCUGAGAAAUGACAAAUGUAUCUCGUUCUCAACAACGUGAUCAUUUGUAUAGCCUGGGCCGACGCUCACUUGCCGAGGCGCGGCGAAGGCGUUUGUUACUGUCAAACAAGCAACAUUUCUGAAUGGUACUGGCUAAUUUUGCUGGUAUAAUUACAGAGACCUGCGACAUGUCCAGUGGCGUAGCAAGGGGGGGUCAUUUCCCCUUUUAAGACCGGGUGGCAAACAUCCACGUUACGUCACUGGACUUGACCUAUACCGCAAGUUGACGAGCACUAACAGUGCUUAUAACGUUUUCCUAAUCUACGUGUUUUUCUAUAGGGGAUGGUUUUCUAUUAAACAUCAGGAGGACCAUUGCGAACUAAACUUUGACUACACUAAAUUCGAAAAUUAAUUAUAAACUUAUCCCCAAGAUACGACGAAAGCAUAAGUGUUUAAUUAAUUUUAGACUUUUAUUUCAAAAAUGUCAAUAUGUUUGAUAGUUACAAACGCGCUUUACUAAAAUAAACUUAUUUAAAAUAAA